AGCGAGGAUUGAGUGACAUGGCCUCGUUGUUAGUAUUCUCAUCCCCUUUGCCCAAACUCCGUCGUUUCCUCCGAAGCUGCUGGGGGCAGCUUGGCGGCCACGGAUCGCCAUGGGCUCCUGCUUUGGCUGUACAAGCUCCAGCUUCUUUACCGAAUCCUGUGGAAGAAAAAACUGAAUAUGAUGAGAAUCCAAGCUUUUUAGACAGCAUAUUUUGGAUGCCAGCUCCAAAGUCAAGGCGAACAAUUGAAGUGAAUCGCUGCAGGCGAAGGGCUUCUAACCACCUUAUAAAGAUAAAGAAAAAUGUAGAUAUCUGUCCUGAAUGUGGCAACUUGAAAGAGAAGCAUGUUCUUUGUGGCUACUGUUAUGAAAAAGUUAAACAAGAAACUUAUGCCAUAAGAAAGCAAAUAAGACUACUGGAAGAUGGACCACAUAAGGCUCCCACUGUAGAAAGCAUUGUGCUGUAUACAGGAGAAACCCCCAGAACUGAAGAUGAAGGCAAUUUCUUGAACUAUGGAGAAUAUUGUGAUAAAACUUAUAUGGCAGAUACAGCAACUUUUCCAAACUUCAGUGAGAGGACAUACUUUUCUUUUUCUCCAAACUGCAGGAGGCAUACCCAAUGAUGCAAUGGAAUCACAGGGAAAGGCUGACUUAGGGAUGCAUCAUCAUCAUCAUCAUCAUUUAAUUUUGCAUCUCCUCUCACGUGCCUGAGUGGUCUAAAGCAUCAGCUCUACAAGGUACUUUUUGAGUGAUUAUAUGCUUUGUUGGAAUCCU